CAUCAGCCUCUUGUUCCACAGCCAGUAAGGAAGGAUGUAAGAGGGAGGGAUUGUUUAAGUGAUGUUUUUCACUGCUUAACUUUUUUUUUAAUUCCACCACCUCCCCCGCCAAUCCCUGCGGACCGGCACACAGAGUUUGUAGGCGGAAGGUCUCUCUGUCUGCUGCUCUCUCAGUCUUGCCAUCACCACCAUCACCACUAGCAGCAGCGGCAAUAGCUUACACACACAGUGGGGUUAGGGAGGGGGGUGGUCGUGAAAGUAUAUGGUGUUUCAAAAAACGAAGGCAUAUUCCAAGUAGGAGGACAUCAAACUGUGGCGGACUGCAUCGGUGGUUUCAUGUUGGCUACAAAGUUUUGGGAUCAAAUUGUUGUUGUUUGCUGCGUGUGUUGUUUUAACUACGAGAAGAUCGUAUAUACAACAACAACCAAAACAAACACACCCCCCCCUCCCCCCAUCGCGAGAAGAAGACGUGACUUUGAUUCUCCACCAAACUAAGGCUGAGUGCGGCAUGGACUACAGCCACAGCCCAGUGCCGGGCUCCCUGCCGGGGUACAUGCACCUCCCCAACAGCCAGCCCAUGGGCGGCGGGGGCGCGCCAGCUUCGGUGCACGCGGUCCACAGCAACCCCGCCAUGCCUCCGCACCACUCCAUGCAUAUGAACCGAGGAGUGGGGAUGAUGCAGAACGUGCCGGGGAUGCACGGCGCCCACAUGAACUCUGCGUGCCCGCCGACCCCUCCGCACAACCACUCCGAGGCCAAGAUGAGGCUCAAAGCUUGCUUGAGUCAGCAGCAGCAGCCGCCUCCACACCUGCCCAACGGAACCAUGGGGAUGAUGGCACCGGGCAUGGCCGUGUGUGGGCAAACACAGCCCCUACAUCACCAGCCCCACGUGGCUCACCCUGCCCAGCAGCACCACCACCACCACCCGCACCACAACCACCACCACCAACCUCCGCACCUCCCGCAUCACCAGCAGCACCACCACCACCAGCAGCAGCACCACCACCACAACCCCCACCACCAGCACCACGGGCCCACGAUGCAGCAGCUGCCGCUCGUGGCGACGCCGCAGCCUGGCGGUGGCGGCGGCGGCGGCGGGCGGAGACGGAGAGUCCUGGACGAAGACCCCGACGAGAGGAGGCGCAAGUUCCUCGAGCGCAACCGCGCCGCCGCCACUCGCUGCCGCCUCAAGCGCAAGGCGUGGGUGGGCUCGCUGGAGAAGAAGGCCGAGGAGCUGACGCAGACCAACAUGCAGCUGCAGAACGAGGUGGCCCUGUUAAGAAACGAGGUUUCCCAGCUGAAGCAGCUGUUGAUGGCGCACAAGGACUGUCCUGUCAGUAACAUGAAAAAAGCACAGGGCUAUCACGAAGACGAGAGCCCCACGGAGGAGCAGGCGAGUUGCUCGCAGCAGCAGCAGCAGCAGCAGGUGAUUCAGCACGUGUCCUCCGCGCUGACGCAACUCGGCAACCCCAGGACAGAGCUGGCUCGCAUCGGCCAAUCGCAGCUUGGCAUGAGCGUCGUUUCGCAGGGCAUGACCCUGACCAGCUGACUCGGGCCUGCCUGUUGAUUUGCCCUUCGAGGAAGCGACCAAGCUGGGGGGGGAGAGAGAGAACCGUAGACAACGAUUUUAUAUUGAAAAUAAAAUUAGGUUUAUAUUAAUGUACGUGCGUGAACGCAUAGAGUUAUAUCACACACACGCACGCAUGCACGCGCACAAGCUGCAAAAACCAUAAACGGCUGGACAUUCGCCACCAAGCCACUGUGGCUUCGCCACGGCGUUCGUGCCAGGCUAGGUGCACUUCAGAGGCCUUCACGUGAAUUGUUGAAGACUCGCCGGCAGGAGGUCAAUGGACAGGCCCACGUGUUGUGGUUCGACCGACGUGCCAGGCCAGGUGUGGAGUUGGUUACAGGAUGGACCCAUGUGUUAAUGGUUUUGACUGUCUGCGGCGGCUGGUAGAUGCAUUACAUGUUGCUCCCUCGUGUGCCACACAGUAUAUACACUGUGUGUACAUACACGUGUGCAGUGAUUGGUUAACGUGACGACCCCAGUCCCUCACCAAGCCCCACCCUGCAGCCACUCGUGGCCCAUACCAUUCAACGUAACAAUCACUUAAAUCAGAAUAUGUAUUUAUAGUGGACUACGAAGCUCUUUUUCACAGAUGUCCACAGUUGGGGGUGGGUCAGAAAGUUACAAAUAAUAAUAACUAAAAACCGAUAGGGAUGCAAAGUGUAGAAAAGGCAAGCAAAUCACUAAAAAUAAAUAUGUAAAGUAGAUCAAGUGUACAAGUUCAAAUUGCAUUAGAACACCGAUACCCAAGGUUGCACAAGGCAACAACAUAACAGCAAAGCAGUCCCAGACCACACCAAGACAACACACAGUAGUCCCUCCAUGGAGAAAAAUUUCACUGUCGCUACCAAUGGGUAAUGGACAUCGCUCGCACAACGCAAAAAAAAAGUUUAAAUUGCACUUGACACUGGAUUUUUUUUAUUUUGAAAAUGUCACAGAAAGGGCCCAGCCGGCUACGACGGCGUGUCCAUCCACCCAGGCAAAGCGCCCCAAAAACUUUCACGAGCGAGGCUGUCUCAACGCAAUAAGUCGUCGUAAUGAACCGCCCCGAGGUUAUUGUUACCAUUCGCGUUUGAUUUUUGGGUCCGAUCACGGCGCGGAGUAGGAUCGUGUGUGUGUGAUACAUCUUCCUCCCACCGACACGGCCAAUUAACACUUUAACACUUUCCCUCCACCGUUCCGAGACUGUCUGCAAGUUGCGCGGUGGGCGGUGGGGUCCCCGUUCACCGCUGAAUCUCGAAACGCGCGAGCGGUUAAGCGUUAAUUUUAUUUAGAGCAGCGUGGCGUGCUUGUUUUUAGAGGCGUUGUACUGGACUCACCGCACAGAACCGCAGCGGCACGACCACAGCACUAAACGAUAGUUGGCGACAAAACUGUGCCAAACUGCCUCCCCCCCGCAUGGCCUUGUGGGAGCAUCGGUACCAAUAAAGUUACUUCGUUCCUUCCCCACCCCCCCCAUGUCGUUUUGAUGACGUACACGUACGUAAAGGGGUUAAGUCGCGUGAACAAAUGUGCCAAUGUAUUGCCGCUGCGGAUCGUGCUCCAACACCGUCAACUGUGCAGCCGAAGCCCAACUAUUAAGUGCGGCACUUUCAACUCACCUCGACGACUUUGAUUAAAAUCGGCUGUGGUCCGGGCGGAGGAGGGUGUGACACCACCGUAUGCUUGCACGACCCCGACCCAAAGGUCGGCAACGGAAUCGUAAUAUUGGUCGCGAAAGCUCGCGCGUUAAAUUGUCUAUUCUUGGCGGUUUGUUUUUAGCACUUUUUUUACCGUGUUAUAUUUUAGGACUCUAUGGUACUCUGGUAUACGGAUCGUAACUCUUAUACGGCUGAGAGGCAUUAGUGAUAAACUAUGAAGAAAACCAUAGUCGACAUGCAAUAGAUUAAUUUGUGCGAGUCGGACUUUUUAGCUUUUAUACCUUUGCUCAUGGUAUAAGCUCUUGAACUAACGCUCUGUACACACGGUGAACUCUUGAUUAACUGGGGAAUGGAUGGGCCCAAAGACAUAUACAAAAAAAUGACACAGAUAAUGCAAAACUUGUGUUAAUCAGACUUUACAAAGACACUUAGAGUAAGUAACAAGUGAUUUCCCUUAGAAAAUUUGCAUCGAGGCAUUGGUGCGCGUCUGUUUACACGACAGCCCUGAGCCAGCGGUGGAAAUUCGGAAUAUCUGCGGUGGGUGGAGAGUUAUUUAUCCUGGAGUAAUCCGAUGACCUACAAAGCUCUUUUUGUUCACAGAUGUCCAGUCGGGUCACGUGGGCGCAGAGGAAAACCCGUGACGUAUGGGGAGCAAGCAGAUAAAUAGAACUGGCACGCGUUAAGCUAAUUAUCAGAGAUUAUGAAAAAAAUCGAGAGCACGGUUGGUUAACCUUUGGCCCUGACGAUCCGCCCGAUGCAGCAAAUCAAGAGCUGGACCAGAGAACGCCAGAAGUCGAACAGCACAAAGGCAAUGCUAACACUGGUGAGGCAAGGCCAUAAAAAGAAGGCCGUCUCUCUGGUGUAGGCCAAUCAGAUUCAGGGACAAUGCAUACAUUAUCAAAUAAUGUCUGUUUGUAUGUUUUACACACACACAUGGUGUGGUUAAUGCAGACUUGAUGUCUUUUAUUUGCAUAUUUUUAAACCCUUUCCCAUUCCGAGGCAACUGCAAGUUGCAGGGUGGGUUCCCGUUCACCGUUGAAUCUCGGAACGCAUAAGCGGUUAGCGUUAAUUUGAAUUUCGAGGAGGCGUAGCGCCGUUGUUUUUAAAGACUUCGUCCUCACCGCAGAGAACUGUAGCGACACAACCGCACUGCCAUAGCUGGCGCCAAACUGUGCCACUCGCCCUCCCGCCGCAUGGCCUUGGGGGAGCGUCGGUACCGAUAAAGUCACGUUCGUUUUUUCCCUUCCGGUUCCGUUCCCCGAUGACGCACACGUGUAUGACGUACACGUGUAUGACGCACCCGUGUAUGACGUACACGUGUAUGACGUAAUCGGAAGCGUGAAAGCGUUGAAAGCGUUAAACACGUCCUUGUGCUGUUGCCGGAAAGGGUGAAAGCCCAUCUCUUUUUGCCGAUAUCAUGAUAAAAAAUGUUUUUAUAACACCUCCAAGGAUACAAUCGAGAGUUGACUGCGUGUACGCAGACGCGUAAUACACACAGACAGACACGUAAUAUACACACACACACAGACACGAGGGAGGGGCACAGUCGAAAAGGUUUCAAGAGUGGAACGUUAAAAUCUGCACAGGACUUGUCCUUUUCACUGUACUUUUACUUUUCAAUGUAAGUCGCCUAUAUUAAUAUAUUAUUAUUGUACAAAACUGUUGGGGUAAUAUUCAAAGUGGUGGCGGCGGUAUUUUUAACGGUCGCGUUAAAAAAAUGUUUAAGGACAUUUGAGUAUUAUUGUUAUUAUCAAGUCCAAUGUUGACAUCCCCUUGUUGUUAUAAUAUACCAUUAUCCUACCCCCCCCCCCCCCCGUGCGUUCUCGUUUGCAAGGCAUUGAUGUCGUCUCUCUCUGUAUAAACGAUGCAGCACUUACAAGAAAAAAAGCUUUUUUUUUACCGCCUUAAAAUGCCAAAGACUGUCUUGGUUGUUUUUGAAGGAUUUUACUUUGUAUAUAUUGUACAUAAUUGUGACUUGACUUUUGGUUUUACGUAUAAAAAUUACGACAACAAAAGCAUAUAUAUUAAACAAAAAUCCUAUAUUUUGUGCCUGGAAAAAAAAUAUCCAGAAAAACUAAAAAAGCUUUUCAAGUUGGGUUUGCAUCACCGACACAUGGGGCUGGUGGAUAUACAACAGCAGCGCGUCGAAUCGGUGCUUCCUUUCAGCCAGAUCCAUCCGGAACGCCGUUUCCGGCUAUGCAUUUUUUGGCAACGCCACAUCAGUCUCGCCUUAAUUAUUAUUAUUACUAUCAUUAACGUCCUCCGUAGUACCCUAUAUUCCUAUAAACAUGUUUAUAGGAUUAUAGUGAUGUAGGGUGCAGUAAUAUUGGAGUAUGUACAGGUAAGGGCGUAAGCUGGUGGUGGUAGUCCCUUAUGCCGAUAAACCCGUGACUUUCUCUAAUGCAGCGCUGCCUGACAGCUUGCCGGCAAAACAUUGAUUGUGAGAUUCAUCUCCGUGGUGCAGCAGACGCACUCAAUGCUGCGGUGGCCACGCAUCCGCGAAUCGCUAAAGACGUCGUUUUUGUACGUUUCGAAAAAGCAGGCUUGCCCGCGACACUCCCGUGCGAUGACACAUCCACGGCACGCCCCGCGUCGCCCGGUUUGAUAAAAAGCAUCGUCGAGACGGCGAUCGUAUCGUCGCUCGUUUAAGUUCCGCAAAAAUAUUUCGUCUUUUUUUUUUCACUCUCCCCCCUCUCCAGAUAAAGUACUCGUGAAAUAACGGUGAAGUUAACAACGAAUAAUACAGUUCUAAAAUAAUAAUGAACGGACAAUAAUGAAAGUUCUAACCUUAUAAGCACUGGAAUGUACCAGUUGCACGAGAGUGCCGCUUUCUGGCACGAAUCGACCCCGUGACUGCGUCGCGUCGCAUCGAGAAUCAUUUCUAUCGCGGCACAUGCUGGUAUAGACUAGCGCUGAACGAUUUGUGGAAAAUGUCUGAUUGCGAUUUGUCUGACAUUGCGAUUAAUUUUUUUUAAGUCAAGCUUCAGUUCAAUAUUCACUCUGCAAUAGAUUUAAAACGUGGAGCAUUUCCACAUGAUACCAUCCAAAUAUGAAUUGCUCUUUAUAUUGUAAUGCAAGGAUGAGAACUUCCAAUAUUCGAUUCUAACGUAUUUAUUAAAAUGUUUAAUUGAAAUAGAACAAUCAAACUUGGAACAAUUGUUACGUUAAAUAAAGUUCUCAUAAUAAAUAAAACAAUUCCAUUAAGUAAUCGGACUUUUCAAAUCGCAAAAAAUCACAGCCUUUGCAAUUUGCUAAUCGCAUAUUUUCAAAUUGCGAUAUCGAUUUGAAAUCGAUUAAUCGUUCAGCCCUAGCCGGAGGGCCUCAAGCAGAGCGAGUUUGAGAGGGGGGUGGGGGGGGGGGUUCGAUGUUUCUUAUUGGCGAGGGCUCCUCUCCAAUGUCCACCUCGGGUUUACCCCCCCCCCGCCCACCCACCCACCCCCCCCCCUAAUCUCGGUUGACGACGCGUGCAGGUGGACCACUCGUUAGUAAAUUGGAAUGCAAAGUCAUGGACGCCGAAACGGUGAUAACGGCGCAGCCAAUGCCACGUUCUCCGAGUGUGCGAGUUUAUGGGUCCCAAUCCGAGUCUAUGGGUCUCUAUAUAAGUCUAUGGGUCUUUGUACAAGGGACACUGGGGUCUCUACCCGAGUCUACGAGUCCAAAAGCGAGUUUCUGCAUCUCCAUGCGAGCAAAGCGCUGCCGACGACGAUGAUGCAGCUACUGCUAGCACAGUUUAAAAUGUCUCGUGUAAGUCUAUGGGGUCCCCGAGGCGAGCCUGCGGAUCUCUGUGCGAGUCCGCUCAUCUGCGUGUAGGGAACUCUGGGUCUCUGAAUGUGUUCUGGGUCUCUCAAUGCGUUAUGGAUCUGCCCGACUCUGGCUGGCAUUGAGAACUUUCCGAAUCCACCACCUGUACGCGUCCUCACCUCCCCUCCCCAAGGCUGGGAAAAAUACCCGUGGGGGCUCUUGAAAUUCGAAAAAGGUAUCUUGUCGUUAUUUGUGGUUGCCGACUCCUGACCAUGGAUGGAAGUCGAGUUUUCCAUGAGAGUUCACUUUACCAUGGGCAGGGGUCGGCAACUUCGCAGUUCCAGAGCCGCAUGUGGCUCAUUAAAGACCGUUUCGUGACAUCAUUAAGGGCAACCACAGUCUCCUAUUCACGUGCAAUGCGGCUCUUGAAAUAUUUAGUUUGAUUUUACCCAAUUCGAAAAAAAAAGGCUCUCGUUUUUUUUGGCUGCCGACCCCUGAGCUAGCCGUAGUAGACGUAGCGCCACCCGGAUGGCGCUCCCAACAGGAGAAACGUCUUGCUUGAAUAUCUCCUCUUCGUGUCACGCAUUCAUUCUUCGUGUCACGCGUUCUUGCGUUGCCCACGCAAGAACGCGCGGCUAGCGCUGGGUGACCCCG